AAAGGAGGAAAGAAAAUACUACCUGUAAGAUUAGAACAUUAUCCUGUGCCAAACCAACUCAGAAAUGCUGUUACUGAAAAUGAAGAAAUUACAUUUGUAGUUCCAGAAUUGAUUCAGGAGUUAGAUAUGGACAACUAUACACACAGAUUCUCAGCUUUACUCCAUCUUGAAGAAAUACAAGAUGAAAUCGACAUUCGAGAGUUUGAUUUACAUCGGGUAUGUUUACGUAAAACAGGAGAAUAUUUAGCUCUAGAAGUACCAGGGUUAGCCGAGGGUCGGCCCUCAGUCCUGACGGGGGAUAAAAUUAUACUCUCGGACCCCUGUGACCCAGAAUCACCCUGUUAUGAAGGGUAUGUACAUGAGGUGUUAAAUCAUGAGGUGUGGUUAAAAUUUAGUUAUGAAUUUCAUUCUGGUUAUAAUGGUGAGGAUUAUAAUGUAGAGUUUACAUUUAAUAGGACCUCUUUAAGAAGAUGUCACCAAGCCUUGAAAAUAGCAGUAAAACAACUUGGACCAGAUUUAUUAUUUCCAGUAAAUAUCAAAGUUAAGACACCACAGAUUCGAAUGGAACGGAGAACCAAUCAUAUGGACGUAAUUCCAGUGAAAACAACUUUUAAGAACUCACAAAAUCAAUUUAACGGACACAAAAGAAUUUCACCGACUAAGUACGCUAAUACAGAUCGUGUUAAAAAUUUAUUGGAUUCUUGCGAUGGAUCAAAAGAUAGUUACAUUCCAAAUGGAAGCGUUCAGAAAAAAACGGAGAAGGUCAAAAAAUAUCUUCCAAAUGUGAAUCUUGCCGUCCAGGAUCAGAUUGAGUUUAUUAAUGAAAAGUUAAACGAUUGUCAAAAACUUGCCGUUAUAAAAAUAGUUUUAGGGCAAUGUCGGCCAUUACCGUAUAUUAUAUUUGGACCGCCUGGUACAGGGAAGACCAUCACAGUGGUGGAAUCUAUACUACAGAUAUUGCUGCAGAUUCCUUCUAGUAGGAUUGUGGCCUGUACCCCCUCUAAUAGUGCUGCCGACUUGUUGGUAGAGAGGUUGUUUGCCAGUGGUAAAGUAAAAGUUUGUGAUAUGGUCAGGCUUAAUUCAUUCCAUAGAAAAGAUGAGUCUAUACCAGAAGUAGUCCUGCCGUUCAGUGCGCGUGGUGAAGACAUCAAUAUAAUCUGCCGCUAUAGAAUUGUCGUCUGUACGUGUAACACUGCUGGCUCAUUGGUUAAUCUUGGGUUAAAGGUCGGCCAUUUUACGCAUGCUUUUGUGGAUGAGGCAGGACAAGCAACAGAACCAGAAUGUUUGAUUCCGCUUGGACUUGUAUCAGGAGCAGACGGACAGACAGUGCUGGCAGGAGACCCAAAACAGCUGGGUCCUGUGUUAAUGUCUCGGUAUGCUAAGUUAUAUGGACUAGAGUUAUCUUUCCUGGAGCGUCUGAUCGACAGAUCUCUAUACAGACACAGCGAGUCUGAUUUCCAGGAAUUUGGUGGCUUUGAUCCAGAAUUGGUAACGAUGUUGAAAGAGAAUUAUAGAUCUCAUGCAGCCAUAUUGAAACUACCGUCCGAGUUGUUCUAUUUUAAUCAGCUAGAAGUAAUGGCUGACCCAAUAUUAACACAUACAGCUAUCAACUGGUCUAUGUUACCUACACCAAGCUUCCCAGUUAUAUUCCACGGUGUUCGAGGAGAAGAUUUGCGAGAAGGAAACAGCCCAUCCUGGUUUAACCCAUCUGAGGUAGUCCAAGUUGUCCAGUAUCUACAAGGUCUACUGAAGGAUGCUAGUCUUGAUCUACAAGUAGAAGACAUUGGUAUUAUCACACCUUAUAGAAAACAGAUAGAGAAAAUAAGAUUAUUAAUAGAGAAACUGGGUGUUGAAAGGGUCAAGGUCGGGUCAGUUGAAGAGUUCCAGGGUCAAGAAAGACAAGUUAUAAUAAUCUCUACUGUACGUUCCAAUGAAAGAUUAUUAGGAUUUGAUAUCCGCCAUGUUUUAGGGUUUCUCAGUAAUCCUAAAAGAUUUAAUGUCGCUAUAACUAGAGCUCAAGCUGCACUGAUUGUUGUUGGCAAUCCUUUUGUCCUGUGUCAGGAUGAAAAAUGGAGAAUGUUUAUAGAAUACUGUAUUGAUAACGGUGGCUAUACAGGAUGUGAAAAACCAGACUUUGCCUUGUACGAUGUACAGGAUGAUUCUCUUACCUGAUACUGAUCUGAAAAUCAAUGUGCGAUAACUAAAAUAACAAUGGUGGUGCUGUAAACAUUGAAAUUUGGAAGGUGCUGUAAACGUUGAAUUUUGUAAAACUGGGGAGUUUGAAAUUUUCCAACUGUCAUAAUAAAAUGAAAUGGAGAUUUAUGUUCGAAUCUUUCUGCUAUAGAUUGGACAGAAGACAAGCUACAUCAUGCAGUGUGCUAAGAGGGAAAAUUCCAAACUAUCAUGGAAUCUGACAAACAUAAUGGAUUUUAAAAAGUGUUUAAUCUGAUAUUUUUUACAAUAGAAUAAUAGUGUAAGAUAGAAUGAAAUAAAUAAAAAGCUAUAAUACCUUGGAGUGUAUAGGAUUUAAAAAAUACUGUGGAAUACCAAUUGACAAGUCUACCUGAAUAUAAUUAACUGUAAACAGACACCAUGCAGUGUGCAAUGAGGGAAAUUUUGUCAAAACGGUGACAUUCUUUAAUCUCUCUAAAGAGUUAUUUCAUGAAUAAAUCAAGUUAAAAAUACAAUGAAAUGGGAGUAUUUUUCUUCUUUUUUUUCCACGUGUGAUUUGAGCUAUAAAAAAUAAUGUUAGAUAAUGCCAUGCAGUGUACAAUGAGGAUAAAUUCUCAAGACAAGUGAUAAGUGCCUAAGAUAUUCACCUAUUGAGGUAUUUAAAGAGGGAGUUUACCAUUCCUACUCUUCUAUAUCUGAUUGGAUAAAAAGAAAACAGAUACAGCCAACGCUAUGAAUUGUGCAAUGAGGGAAAAUUUCAACUUGGGAGGUAUCAUUAAGAGUGUGAGCUUAACUCAUUACUAAUAAUUUGUCAAAGCAAAACAUUAGACAACCAUAAAAACUAACAUCAAAAUAUAUAAAUUAAAAAGCAAAUGGAACAAGCAAGAAAAUAAAGAAAUACUGAACAUUGGAACAUGGUUUGAGAAUUGGAAAUAUUGAAAAUAUGAUUAAAAUACAGCUCUAGAUAUAUUUUUUCGUUUAUCGUCUGUUGAU